GUCCAAUCACAACUCCCCAUUUUAGCUUGCUAGGUACAUGACAAUUCCAAUUCGCCCUAUCAUGUCAAUCUAUUUUACUGCCUCUUAGGUAUAUGUACCUGUCUGUCUCCUACAGCAACAGUCAAGCACCUGCACACCUCAAAGAAUCAUGCCAGAACCAGCAGAUAUAUCAAUGACAGACGCCCCAGCUACGACCAAAGUGAAAAAAACCUAUGAGCUAGUCACAGCUACUAUUAAAACCCCACGUUUUUCCUACGCACAUCUCGAACUUUUCAGUGAUCCAUCUGAUCCUGCUGAGCUUGAUGCCCUCCAAGUACGGUCUUACUGCACAUCCGCGUUAAAGCAAUUCCUAGGCACUACAGGCAUCGGUAUUCCUUUAGACAUUCUCAAAGUUGAAGGGAAGAAUUGCUGGUUAAGAAUGCCAAGGGACGACCUAGGUGCCUUUUCCGCAGCUAUUACAGCAUGGCAGGGCUCAUAUCAAGAUGGAAUUCAUUCUUCGCUUCGAAUACGAGGAUGUUCCGACUGGCUUGGUGCCUUAGUCGGUAGAGAUGGACAAGAUAAACUCUGGGCAGGCUGAUAUUUCAUCACACAAUUAAAUUCAAAUCAACCAUCACCAACAUACACACAUCAUGAAAGCAAAAACCACAAUCCAGUAUGCCAUUUUUCAUUGGUACCGCCAGUAUGGUAUAAAUUCCCAUUUCCUCACCGAUACCCCCUCAACGCCAGUGCUUCCCCUUACGAUGAAGCGCCGUA